UAAUCAUCGUAUCUGCUCACAUGCCGCGUGUAAAUAAACACGAGGUGACGAUUCAACGAGGGCCGUGCAGGCGCGUGUCUUGUCCCUGGUAGGGUGCACUACAGAGAAGUCCCCAUCGAACCCCGCAAAAAGAACAACUCACUGGGUUUAAACAUCACUCCACCUCCACACCACACACCAAUACUAGCAGACUUCCUGGAUGGUUCCCAAGAUCCUGGCCUGGUCUUCAAGACAAACUCACCUGUCUUCCUCUAGAAGACAGUUCACCAGAGUCCAGCCAGUUAAUUUAUGGGGUGCUAGAAGCUGUGGCACCACAGCCAGAACGGAAGCAUUAAACCCGCAAUAAGAACAAUGACAAGUAUUGUGGAAGAUAAACGAGACUGUGGCACCACAACCUGCAUGGCCCUGUCAAAUUCCCAGCAAUGAACAGUUCACAAAAAAGACCUUACUGUCCCAAUGGGAUUCAUCAUUAUCUUCACCUCCUUGUUGUCUUGCAAGCUGUAAUCACUAUAGCACUGCACACACAUCAUACUUGCCGCAGAACACACUGAGUCAGAUCCAUUGAUGAUGGGUGAUGAAACUUCAAGCAGUGCCAUGAAGUUGCGCACAGAGUACCUAUCUUCAGGUGUGAACCAUAUCAGUAUGGGCAUUGACUGGAGUACUGAUGGCAUAGUGUGCUAUGCAGCAAGCACUGGUGUGCUGCUCUAUGACCCACAGCUCCAUGCUGUGACUGGGUCCAGCAUCAAACAUCACACAAAGAGGGUAACUUGUGUGCGUUGGGUCCAUCCAACUCCAACUGGAGGCUGCAUAAUAGUGUCUGGUGGUGCUGAUGGCAAGGCUGUGCUAUGGACUGUAUCACAAAAAAGGAUAGAAGGCCUCCAUGUGCUCAAUCCACUCAGUGUUUUAGAUCAUGGAGAUUCAGUAAAUCUGGUUGAUGCCACUUUACUGAAGGUUAAGGAAAAGGAGAUGAUUCUUGUUGUAACAGCCUCAACCGACGUAAUCAGUACAUGGCUUAUUUGCUUAGAAUCAGGAAAAUAUGAACAUUUACAUUCUUCUGCUCCUCCUGGAAAUGUGUUCCCAUUGAGCCUUCGAUUAUUUGAAGUUUCUGGGGCAAAAUUCCCAGUCAUCGCGUUUGGUGGACAUGACAGUAGAAUUCAUAUUCUGGCAGCGAGGGAACUUGGAGUGUACCACUCAGUAUGUAGAUUAUCUGGUCAUGAAGACUGGGUCACCUCAUUGGCAGUUAUGAAGGAAGAUGAAGGAAGGCUUCUGUUGGCCAGUGGCUCCAAAGAUGCAACAGUACGGUUGUGGAAAUUGUCAAAACUACAAGACAUAAAUGAACCACAGGAGGAACAGGAUGCUUCAAACAGAGAGUUGAAACUGAAGAGUAUAACAUUUGAAAUACCAUCUUUGUGUGAAGAUAUUUCAAUGUGUGCCUUGCUUGAUACUAUCUUGUCUGGACAUGAGGGACUUGUGUCUGAGGUGUGCUGGGCCAGACCUUCAUUGCAUGGUGAUAAACUACAAGCAACAUACAAACUUUUGACUUGCUCCAAGAUGCAAGACCGCUCUAUUAUUAUCUGGGAGCCUAAUGGAGACACAACAUCCAGCAUGUGGCUGGAAGUGGCUCGUCUUGGGGAGGUCGGAGGCAACAUGGAGGGAUACUACAGUUGUCAGUUCAGUUCUGAUGGAUCACAAGUGUUGGGGUGCAGCUACCAGGGAGGUCUUCAUCUAUGGGAGCUACAAGAUGGUGCAUGGGAGCCUUGUGUGGUGGCUGGUGGACACUUCAAUCAAGUGGCAGACAUAGCUUGGGAUUUAAGUGGCAGAUAUCUGUUAUCAGUCAGCAAAGACCAAACUACCCGUCUUCAUGCUGGCUGGAAAACGAAGAGUGAAGUUAUUUGGCAUGAAGUAGGUCGUCCUCAGGUUCACGGUUAUGACUUGGCUUGCAUCACCACUCUGGGAAAGUACAAAUUUGCAUCAGGAGCAGAGGAGAAAGUUAUACGUGCAUUCACAGCACCAGCAAAUUUUAUAUGUAACUUUGGCAAAAUAUGUGGUUUUGAGGUUGAAGAUGACAUAGCCAAAUGUGAAGUUGGUGAAGGUGCUGCUGUUCCAUCACUUGGCCUUUCAAACAAGGCUGUGACAAUAGCUGAUUUGCAAGAUGUGCAUCAAGUACAGGAGGAGGGGAGAGAUGAAGUGCAGGCAUAUUUUAAGCCACUUUCCCUCUCAGUCCCACCAACAGAGGACCAGCUUAUGCAGAACACUCUUUGGCCUGAAGUUUCCAAACUGUAUGGUCAUGGCAAUGACAUUUUCACUGUUGCUGCAUCAUCUGAUGGCUCAAUCCUUGCUUCAGCAUGCCGGGCAACCAACAACAUAGAUGCUGCCAUUAUUCUUUGGAAUACAACAACUUGGAGCAAGUUGGAUACUCUUGCAAAGCACCGCCUCACUGUUACUCAGCUGGCCUUCUCUCCAGAUGAUCAGUACCUCUUGUCAGUCUCAAGAGAUCGAACUUGGGCUGUCUUCAUGAGAGCUGAAAACAAUAAAGGUGUAACAUACAGAUUACUACAAUCUUCAACCAAGAAAGAAGAUAUACAUUCCCGUGUAAUUUGGUCAUGUGCAUGGCUGCCUGACUCCAUUCAUUUUGUUACUGCCUCUCGAGACAAGACUGUGGUUGUAUGGGGACUAGUUGACUCAGUCUGGUGCAAGAAGGCUGUCCUUAAUGAAAAUGAUGAAGUAACAGCAGUGGCAGUCACCAAGGUGCUGACCAGUCACUGUAUUCUCAUUGCUACAGGUUUGUCGGGUGGAGAUAUUCACCUAAGAAGAUACUACCCUGAUGAUUCAGCCUUUUCUUUGGAAGUCAUGAAAGUGUUUCACAAACACCAUGAUGUUGUCAGGCGUUUGGAGUUUAGACCUACAUUGGAAAGCACUUCUGAUGUUGUGUAUCUUGCCUCUUGUUCCAGUGACAAUAGAGUAAAUAUAUAUAAAAUAAACAUGUAACAUGUUGAUAUAAAAUGUUUAGUUGUUUAGGUACAAGGAAUUUAAGUUUUGCACUAUUUUAUAUAACACAUUCAGAUUGGAAGUAGGAUAUUUUGAGAUUUCUUAUGUUUGUUAUAUGUUAAAUAUUGCAUUGUCUGUAUGUGUGACAGUGAAGCUAUACAAUUAUAACUUCAUCUAUAUUUUUAAUGAUCUGACCUUAGAUUUCAUCCUUUGGCUAAAGAGCAUUUAAAUUGUGGUACAAUGUUAAUGAUGUAAUAAUUACUUGUCCUUGACCCUUGUGUUUCUUAUAAAGUAAGCGACACCUUGUA